AUGCUCGAUUUCUUCACCAUUUUGACAAAGGGCGGUGUCGUCCUUUGGUCGAAAACCUUCGCUCGCAUUACGGGAUCACCCAUUAACUCUUUAAUCAAAGAUGUGUUGAUCGAAGAAAGAGGUGGAACGCACAGUUAUAAUAAAGACUCGUAUGACUUGAGGUGGAUCUUUGCUAACGAACUGGACUUGAUUUUUGUGGUAGCAUAUCAGAAAAUCCUUCAACUCACUUAUAUCGAUGAACUCUUGGUCACUAUCAAAAAACUUUUCUGCGACAAAUUUGCAAACUUAAUUCGAGACACCACUAGAAGUCACAAGUACACUUUUGAUGAUGAUUUCGAUUCAAUCCUGCGUAGUAUCGAAGAAAAAGAUGCGCGAGAACAACAAAAUAAGAGAAAAAAACCGCGUGAAUUUGAAGAGACAAAAAAAUUCCGAGAAACUGUAGAAGGGAACAAAAAACUCGACGCAAAAGACCUUGUUAAACCACCACUCAAUCCUGUUAUCAGCGAAGACGAGAUCACACGCAACAUUGAGGCCAUUCGUAUUAAUAAAGGUCGCGGUGGUAAAUUUAAAAAAGGUUCAAAAUCAUCUUCGAUUCCAACCAACGACCAUUCUGAUGAUAAAAAGUCUGCAAGAAAAAAAGUAAUGCGAGUUUGGGAUGAUAAAGUGACCAAGGAACAAAUGGAAAGUCUUGACUAUAGUGGACAAAAUGGUGAUUCCGAUGGAUCACCGGAGGCUAUUCGUCAACAUCUUGUUGACGAAAACCAAUUGGGUCAUUUCCAAAAUGGUCAUUAUGUAGUGCAAGAUUUGGGUGAAAUCACUGAACAAGAUCUUGCACCAGUGUUGGCAAAAAUGAAAGAACAUCUGAUCAAAAAGAAUGUUGCAGCUGACAUUUCGACUCAUUUGUGCGAUUCAGUAGCAAGGAACCUUGUGG